GACCCAGUCAUGAGCGCCUUUUCUAUGACAUGGGGCCUUGCUGUGCUCACUCUCAUGUGUCCACACCUGCAGGCGAGCGGGUACGAGAGUGACCAGUGGCCCGGGGUCCAGCUGGGUGCUGCCACCACCUCUGGCGGGUGCUCCGUGCCCUUCCUGCCUGUCGGCGACCAGUGCCUCUACUUCGCCACCUUCGCGGAGCUGACCUAUGAGGAAGCCAGCCAGAUGUGUCACUCACUGGACGGGGAGCUGGCGGCCGUCCUCACAGCCACCCGCCUGAAGAACAUCAUCGACUACAUUUAUGACAACGGUCUGAGUGGUGUAAGCUACUGGAUCGACGGGACUGACAGAGUGACAGAGGGGGACUUUAGGACGUCCUCUGGGGUUGCCGUCCCCAUGGGCACGCCCUUCUGGACGGCGAGUACAACCAUUCAGCAGCCGGCUGAUUAUCAGGGUUAUGGCGGGGAAGACUGCAUGGAGUUAUACAGCCCGUCUUCGUUCUACAUUAAUGACAGGAACUGCUCCAACCUCAGGGCGCCGCUGUGUGAACAUUCACCACAGCUGCUUCAUACACCAACAGCGACGCCCGAGGAGCUGGACUGCCCGCCCUUCUUCGUCAGUGUGGGCGGCCUGUGUCUGUCGUUCAUGACGUGGGCGGAGGAGACGUGGGCGGACGCCCGUCAGGCUUGUCACGGUCUGUCCGGGGAGCUGGCCGCCAUCACUGACAUCGAGCAGCUCAGAGCUGUAUACCUCUACCUCCACCAGGAAGGGAUCGCUGGUCACUCCUUCUGGCUGGGCGGCUCCGACGCGGCGACGGAGGGCGUGUGGGCGUGGACGGACGGACACCCCGUCACUAUGGGGUCGCCGUUCUGGGGAUUUGUGAGCUCUAACGUGAUGGAGCCAGACGGUGGUACAGCCGAGAACUGUAUCCUGCUGGACGCCCAGGGUUACCACUACUUCCGUGACGCCUCCUGUAGCCUGCUGAUGACCCCACUCUGUAUGACUCUCCUGUAGUCUGCUGGUGACCCCCCUCUGUAUGAGUACCCUGUAGUCUGCUGGUGACCCCCCUCUGUAUGAGUACCCUGUAGUCUGCUGGUGACCCCCCACUGUAUGAGUACCCUGUAGUCUGCUGGUGACCCCCCUCUGUAGUCUGCUGGUGACCCCCCUCUGUAGUCUGCUGGUGACCCCCCUCUGUAUGAGUACCCUGUAGUCUGCUGGUGACCCCACUCUGUAUGACUCUCCUGUAGUCUGCUGGUGACCCCCCUCUGUAUGAGUACCCUGUAGUCUGCUGGUGACCCCACUGUAUGUGCCUCUCCUGUAGUCUGCUGGUGACCCCCCUCUGUAUGAGUACCCUGUAGUCUGCUGGUGACCCCCCUCUGUAUGAGUACCCUGUAGUCUGCUGGUGACCCCCCACUGUAUGAGUACCCUGUAGUCUGCUGGUGACCCCCCUCUGUAUGAGUACCCUGUAGUCUGCUGGUGACCCCCCUCUGUAUGAGUACCCUGUAGUCUGCUGGCGACCCCCCUCUGUAUGAGUACCCUGUAGUCUGCUGGUGACCCCCUUCUGUAUGAGUACCCUGUAGUCUGCUGGCGACCCCCCUCUGUAUGAGUACCCUGUAGUCUGCUGGCGACCCCCCUCUGUAUGAGUACCCUGUAGUCUGCUGGUGACCCCCCACUGUAUGUGUCCCCUGUAGUCUGCUGGUGACCCCCCUCUGUAUGAGUACCCUGUAGUCUGCUGGUGACCCCACUAUGUGUGGCUCUCCUGUAGUCUGCUGGUGACCCCACUGUGUGUGGCGCUCCUGUAGUCUGCUGGUGACCCCACUGUGUGUGGCUCCCCUCUGUAGUCUGCUGGUGACCCCCCUCUGUAGUCUGCUGGUGACCCCCCUCUGUAGUCUGCUGGUGACCCCCCUCUGUAGUCUGCUGGUGACCCCCCUCUGUAGUCUGCUGAUGACCCCACUGAGUGUGGCUCUCCUGUAGUCUGCUGGUGACCCCACUGAGUGUGGCUCCCCACUAGUCUGCUGGUGACGGCCGGAAAGCAGCACAGAAGAACCCGUAAAAUAGAAAUAACUUGAAACACAUUUUUAUUUUAUAUUUUAAUUAAAGAAAACGAACGUACUUGAAGUAUUAGUUGACUGAUUCAGACUUCCGUCUCGCUCAGUGAUCCAAAUUUAUCGGAAAAUAUGAACA